UCUUAAUACUGUAUCUUCGUCUAAAGCACCCGGUCGUGUUAUGUAAGCUAUCCUUUGUCGGAGGUUGGACAACUACGCCGGGUUAAGCCGUCAAAAAUUCUGGCGGUUCACAGUGGUCCUCAACCCGUUGCCUCAUCUUCACCACCGCUGUCCGGCGCGGCCGAAUCGGACCGCGACACAAUUUGGCAAGCCAAGCUACCCAAACCAUACCGACAAACUCUCUCCCGAUUCCACUACCGAGUCGGUUCUCAUUGUUUCGACGCCGUUCUCCUUCUUCCCCCCCCUCGCGUGCGACUACGGCUCGAGCUCGACCGACCGAACCUACCGCACGAUGGCGGGCGGCGUCGUGAAAUACCGGCACCUGAGCCGGAACUCUGCUCACCGCCGGGCCCUGCUGCGCAACCUCGUCACCUCCCUCAUCCAGAAAGAAACCAUCCGGACGUCCUAUGCCAAGGCCAAGGAGGCCCAGCGCGCUGCCGAGAAGCUCAUCACCCUCGCUAAGCGCAACAACGAGACUAGCAGGCAGAAAGCCAUGGGCAAAGUAUUCACCCCCGACCUCGUGCUUCCCAAGCUCUUCGGCGAGCUGCGGCAGCGGUACGCGGAGCGCCCGGGCGGCUACACGCGGGUGCUGCGGACGGCGCCGAAGUCGGUGUACGACCAGGGCGACUCGGCCAUCCUCGAGCUCGUCGACGGGCCGCGGGACCUGCGGUUCGCCAUGACGGCCGGCGCUGUCGCACUCGACACCCGCCUCGGCCGGCCCUCGCGGCCCCUCACCCUGCUCAACCGCACCAAGGUCACGCGCUACCGCCCCGACGGCGCCGCCGCCUUCGAGGAGAUGGUCCGCCGCGUCGCUACCCUGCGCCUCGGCGGAGGCGCCUCUAGGCCCGGCUGAGGCGCCGCGCCUUAGGAGCUACGCGGACCAGAUCGAUUAGGAACGAGACGGGCGCGGAACCAACCGAUAAAGGAAACGAACGCGAUAGUCGAGACUCCCCGGGUCGGAGACAUGAGUGCUUAUGGCGAAAUGCUAAGUGGAGCGCAUGUAGAAAAAAAGACUAUGCUCCUAUAUGUGCCUCUCUAUGCAGGCUCUCCUAUCGUGCGGUACCUAUGUCUAGACAGGGCAGCAGAUGAGCUAAAUAACGAAGACUACCAAGUAGCGCUGGUAGGAAUCGAACCUAUCCUUCAUUAAGUAACCUACUGAUCUGCAGCAUGCUAC